AUGAGAUGCGUGAGCAUCAGUGCCACAACAGACAUGAAUUUGAGUGAGAGGACAGGAGCAUGGCGUGCUACAGUCCCUGGAGUUGGAAAGAAGAGGACACAGCAACUCAACAAAGUCUUUACUAGAUGGGACUGUGUCAGGAUGGCAGGCUUCCCUGGUGGCUCAGAGGAUAAAGCUUGCACUGUGGGAAACCUGGGUCGGGAAGAUCCCCUGGAGAAGGCAGCAGUGGCAACCCACUCCAGUACUCUUCCCUGGAAAAUGCCAUGGACAGAAAAGUCUGGUAGGCUACAGUCAACUGGGGUCAGAGUCAGCAUGACUGAGCAACUUGACUUCUUAUCAGGACUGUCUUAG